AUGGUCUUAUUAGACAUAUUUAAUUAAUUAGAUAUAACAAAAAUACUAAAUUAAUUAUAAGGCAGAUUACAAACAUGUUAAAAAGAUUAUGAAAAUUUUGAUUUAUUAUCUAAAAAAGGAAGAAAAAGCUGUUAUUGUAUUGAAUGUGAUUAUAUGAAUAUAAAAAUUAUAAUAUUCCAUUAUAUAAGAAAAUUUCUAUCAAUAAUUGUAAAAAAUAAAGAAAAGUUAUGUAUAUUAGUUAUUUAAAAUUUCAUGAUAUCAAACACUAAUAUGAGUAAUAAAUCUUUUUAAUAUUAGAAACAAAAGUCAAUUUUUUAGGAAUAUUAAAUAUUAAAAUCAUGUAUUAAAAUUUAAUCAUUAAUCUUCCAAAAUAACUACUAGAUUACUCAAGUAAUCAAAGCUAAAUUUAUCUAAUUUGAAAUUGAGACUUUCUUGGACUCCAUAAUUAAUUCUCCUUUUGGUGAUUAAUCCUCACAAUAAUAGUACUAAUUGGAAUCUAUUUCAAUCCAUAUUUUGGACCCCCUAAUAAGUGUUUUUCCUUACCUUGAAAUUUUGUAUCAAAAUUGCUUAUGA